UUCCGCUUCCGGUCCGUCGCCUCCUUCGGUUUCUUCCCGUCUCUUUGGCGGCUCCCCUCCCCCGCCUGGCUAUCCGCGCCCCUGCCGGGCGCCGGGGCGGCGGGGCCCUCGGCGUGCGGCCUUCCCUGCGUCCGCGCGUGCGCCCGUGCGCGCCUCGCCGCUGCCGCCCGCGGCUUGGCGUGUGCCCCCGACACCGAGGCCGAGCGGGGGCAGGGGGCUGACCGCCAUGACCCCCCGCAGCCAGGCGUGAGGGGGCCGAGAUGCAGUGACCCGCCAACACCUGCUGAGGCCUCCCUCCGAGAGUCACCCAAUCACUCCACGCCUUGGGGGGCCUGUGCCCCUCACUGCUGCUGGGCACCAUGUCGACCUCAUCCCUGAGGCGCCAGAUGAAGAACAUUGUCCACAACUACUCGGAGGCAGAGAUCAAGGUUCGAGAGGCCACAAGCAAUGACCCCUGGGGCCCAUCCAGCUCCCUCAUGUCCGAGAUUGCCGACCUCACCUACAACGUUGUGGCUUUCUCGGAGAUCAUGAGCAUGAUCUGGAAGCGGCUCAACGACCACGGCAAGAACUGGCGGCACGUCUACAAGGCCAUGACGCUGAUGGAGUACCUCAUCAAGACCGGCUCAGAGCGCGUGUCGCAGCAGUGCAAGGAGAACAUGUAUGCCGUGCAGACGUUGAAGGACUUCCAAUAUGUGGAUCGAGAUGGCAAGGACCAGGGAGUGAAUGUGCGUGAGAAGGCCAAGCAGCUAGUGGCCCUGCUGCGAGACGAGGACCGGCUGCGGGAGGAGCGGGCACACGCGCUCAAGACCAAGGAGAAGCUGGCGCAGACUGCCACGGCCUCAUCAGCAGCUGUGGGCUCUGGGCCCCCGCCUGAGGCGGAGCAGGCAUGGCCGCAGAGCAGCGGAGAGGAGGAGCUGCAGCUCCAGCUGGCGCUGGCCAUGAGCAAGGAGGAGGCCGACCAGCCCCCGUCCUGCGGCCCUGAGGACGACGUCCAGCUCCAGCUGGCCCUUAGUUUGAGCCGAGAGGAGCAUGAUAAGGAAGAGCGGAUCCGUCGUGGGGACGACCUGAGGCUGCAGAUGGCCAUAGAAGAGAGCAAGAGGGAGACGGGGGGCAAGGAGGAGUCGUCCCUCAUGGAUCUUGCCGACGUCUUCACAGCCCCGGCUCCUCCACCAGCCUCCGACCCCUGGGGAGGCCCAGCACCCAUGGCUGCUGCCAUCCCCACGGCUGCCCCCACCUCGGACCCCUGGGGGGGUCCCCCUGUCCCUCCAGCUGCUGAUCCAUGGGGUGCUCCAGCUCCCACGCCAGCCUCUGGGGACCCCUGGAGACCUGCUGCCCCCUCAGGGCCCUCGGUUGACCCUUGGGGUGGGACCCCUGCCCCUGCAGCUGGAGAGGGGCCUGAUCCGUGGGGAAGCUCCGAUGGUGGGGCCCCUGUCAGUGGACCCGCAGCUUCUGAUCCCUGGGCACCAGCCCCAGCUUUCUCAGACCCCUGGGGAGGGUCACCUGCGAAGCCCAGCACCAACGGCACCACAGCAGUUGGGGGCUUCGACACGGAGCCUGACGAGUUCUCUGACUUCGACCAACUCCGCACAGCCCUGCCGACCUCUGGGAGCAGCACAGGGGAGCUGGAGCUGCUUGCAGGAGAGGUGCCUGCCCGCAGCCCUGGGGCAUUCGACAUGAGUGGGGUUGGGGGGUCUCUGGCUGAGGCUGUGGGGAGCCCCCCACCUGCAGCCACCCCAACCCCCACGCCCCCCACCCGGAAGACGCCGGAGUCAUUCCUGGGGCCCAAUGCAGCUCUUGUUGACCUGGACUCUCUGGUGAGCCGGCCGGGCCCCACGCCGCCAGGAGCCAAGGCCUCCAACCCCUUCCUGCCAAGUGGAGCCCCGGCCACUGGCCCCUCUGUCACCAACCCCUUCCAGCCUGCCCCACCUGCGACGCUCACCCUGAACCAGCUCCGGCACAGCCCUGUACCGCCAGGCCCUGGAGCACCCCCCUACAUCUCUCCCCUUGGUGGGGGCCCUGGCCUGACCCCAGUGCUGCCCCCGGGUGCCCCGGCCCCCGGCACGAACCCCUUCCUCCUAUAAUCCAGGGCGGGAGGGGCCUGGCCUGGCCUGGCCCUGCCUCCCCCUUUCUGCUCCCUGGAGAUCAGUGCUGUGAGUGCAUGUGAAAUGGGCCCACCCAGCGCCCUUCCCUCUCCCAGCACCCACUCACACUACGCCCUCCUCCCACGUCCCCACCCCUCCUCCCCGAAGAGAAGCUGGACACGGGGUGGGGAGGGGCGCUGGCCAGAGGAGGACCCCGUUCCCGAGGCAUUAGGAGGGGGAGGGACGGCUGGGCCCCUACCCAUUCCCCCUCCCUCCAAACUCCUGCCCCCCCAUCAGUGUUUGAGCCUCCUCCUUCCCGUACGCACCCCUUGGUGAAUCCUUGGUGAUGAUUUUGGCAACUUCGGGAAUAAAUGGCAAUUCUCAUGGG